AUGCGGCUUCACAGUUUCAUUCUCGCAUUGAACGUCCUAGCGCCUGCAGCGGUUUGGGCUGCACCGGCGCCGGCUUUCCAUGAGGACCUCUUCCCAGCCAGAUGCCUCCCCAACCCUUGCGAGGGUAUCACCUUCAGCAACGCCACCUAUGUGUGUGGUGACUCUCGCCUGGGACCUGUGAGAUACCCUCGCAGAUUCCCUCUUCGAAACGGACUCCGCACCUAUGCCCGCUUCGGCGCCCUCUGCCCCGCCGAAUUCCUCGAGAAAUGGGCCACAAGUACUGCGCCGGAGGGAACAUACAUCUACCCCCCUGAGAACGGGUUCGUGGUAGACGACGAAGAAGUCCCAAUCAUUGGCAAUGUCACUUUGCCCGUUGGGCAGAAACUCGAUCGCUUCGGCUCCGAAUACGGUACCUUCCUCGCGGCACUUGGUGCUCCUUACAUCGAGCGCUCGUUGCCGCCGAGUAACCUGAUCACGUACGACGGCAACUAUCCUUUCAAUUACCACGUAUACCAAGUGAUCAAAGAGUUUGUCGUCGGCCUCGGUCCGAUCGCGCCAUGGUUCGAGCAGCCAGGUAUGGGGACGCAGUUCGUGGCACCGACGAAUGUUCUUGGCUUGAUCGAGGGAGGGUUCCUGCGGAGGUUGGAUGAGACUGAGUACGACGAGCGUGUGGAAUAUUCCAACUCGUAUACUGAGGGGCCUAACGAGUAA